AUGACUCCCGGCGGAUUCAAUACCAACUUAUUAUGGGAUUACAAUGUUACUAAUGAAGGUAUACUGCAUGUAUACUUCUCCAAAUACGGCACAGUUCAGUUGAAACAAGACGUGUCUGUUUAUUGGUAUGAAUUCAUGAGCAAUAUCGGCGGUAUAUGCGGCGUCUUCAUCGGCUUCAGUUUCAUCAGUGUAGUGGAGCUUCUGUACUUCUGCGCGAUCGCGUUUCGUGAUAUGCUCUGUAAAAAAUCGGCCUUGCGGGAAGAUGACGAUCGCAAGGUUGAAAUCCCAUCAGUCCAACCUCAAACCAUACGUGCAAUAUAUUGGAACGAAUUGGUACCGCGAUCUUGGCAUUCCGCGAAAUACGGCAAAUCUAUUAACAGAGCUAGAUAUUGACCGGCAAGCUAACUAGUAAAUUAUUCGGAAAGAUGUUCGAUUAAAAUCCAUUUUUUUGUCUAUUAUAAACAUUUGGAUAAUA